AUGGGGGUGCCGCCAGAAGUGCAGCAGGUUUUGGACUCGCACGCCUCGCACUUUACGUUAACAGCGGAGGGCAAAGUCAAGUGCGAGCUCAACGGCCAUACGUUUCCGCCCAAGGCUGACGCCCUGAAUGCCUUCAUCAACGGCAAGAAGUAUGCCAAGCUGGUCAAAGCGGCAAAGCUGGAUGCGGGGCUGUCAAAGUACGAGCCCUUCAUCGUGCGCUCCAAAAACCUGGAGGGCAUGCUGUUCUGCGCGCUCACCGGCGAGCUGCUCAAUGCGCGGCUGGAGGAGGUGAAGCAGCACCUCAAGGGCAAGAAGUUUGGGCGGGCCAAGGAGCGCUUUGAGGCAGACCAGCAGGAGCUGAUGGAGGAGCCGGAUGUGGCGGGGGGCAGCGACAUGGAGGAGGAUGGGCCGGAGGGCAGCGAUGGGCCGGGGGUGUGGUUGCCCGAGGAGGUGCUGCAGGAGUAUGAGAUGGGGGAGGGUGAGGAGGGAGAGGGGCCAAUGGUGGCAAAUGGAGAAGCAGUUGCUGCAGCGGCAGAGGCGGAGGCGAAUGUGGAGGAAGAGCAGGAGGCACCUCGCAGGAACGGCAAGCCUGGCAGCAGCAGAGCCAAGGGCAAAGGCGCCGCCAAGCCGCAGCAGGAGCAGCAGGGCAAGGAGGGCGGCAAGCAGAAGCAGCAGCCUGCUGGCAAGAAGGGCAAGCAGCAGCCGCCAAAGCAGGCCAAGGUGGCAGCAGCGGCAGCGGCAAAUGGCGCAGGGGGCAAGAGCAAACCGCCCAAGGCCAAAAAAGCGCGCAUGAACUAG